AUGGGGUCAUCACAGUCUUCGCAAGCACUCGACGAAGAAGAUGAAGAAGCAGAAAGCGACGGUAGAGAAGAAGAAGACGAAGAAGAAGAAGAAGAGGAAGAGGGAGAUGUUAAUGGCGGAUUGAACAUAAGAACAGAGCUUGAUAAUCUCUUGGUGAAGAAGGUUCUCGAGCAAGAGCCUGAGAUGCUUCCUUGUCACGCCUCUGCUUCUCCACUCUCUCCUCAGCUCUCUUCCCUCGGAACGCCUCGAAUCGGACCUUCGAUCAAAGUCUGGGACCCUUACAACGUCCUCGCGCCACCUCCUGCUCCUCCUCUCUUCUCCCGUAUCUCCUCCACCGGUGAACACGAUCGCUCCGCCGUGACGGAAGUCUAUUUCAUCAGCCACGGAGAGUGCGAUCUCAAUCUCAGGCCUGAUCUGAUCGGAGGGAGGUGCCACGUUGCCGCUCUCACACCCAAUGGAAAACGCCAGGCGAGAGCCCUCGCCGUGUUCUUAAACUCCGAAGGUGUUCGAUUCACCUCCGUCUUCUCUUCGCCUCUUGAUCGAGCUAGAUCCAUGGCCGUUUCCGUUUGCCAGGAGAUGAAUUUUCCGGAGGAGCAUGUACAGUCUUCAGAUGGGAUUGUGGAGAUGAGUCUAGGAGAAUGGGAAGGAUUACAUAGAUCGGAGAUGUACACACCUGAAACUCUAAGCUUGAUAGAAAGAUGCCAACCUGAUUUCUCAGCUCCGUCAGGCGAAUCACUCAGGCAAGUCGAGUGUCGGAUGGUUCAGUUUCUGAACGGGACGCUCUUAGGACUUACGGAGAAGCUCAGGUCAGAGCUGCUUCCUUCUACGCAUCACAACAACAAUGCUCGAGGAAGUUUCUCACAGAGUCCACACUCGCUAGCCGCUUCUAUUCAUCGUCCGAGUCUUACAAGGAAGAAAUCAGGGAAGAGCCGGUUUCAGGUGACGAACACAACCGGUGAUCAUGAGGCUAAUGAAGAAGUAUUUAGUCAUCAGAAUGAUGAACAACACCUUGGUGAUAUAAACACCAAGAGUUCCUCUUCUCAGAUCGCAGCCUGCAUUGGCGUUUUCACGCAUUCGUUACCUAUAAAGUGUCUUCUUACCGGUAUACUCGGUUGCAGCCCGGUGAUGACGCAUAAGAUCUGUGUGGAGGAUUCCUCUGUGACCGUGUUACAGCAUUCUUGGAAAACCGGUUGGCAGGUAAAGCGGUUAAAUGACACCGCUCAUCUUAGACUCUUGUAG